AUGGACACUCUACCCAUGGAACUCCUAGCAGAGGUCCUCGCCCACGUCCCCUCGUCGACCCGCAGAUCAACCCGCCUCACCUGCCGCUCCUUCUGGCGCGCCACACCCCUCAAGGCCGACUACGCCAUCCUAGCCAGCUUCGUCGACCCGGCCGUCGCCCAGGCCACCGUCGAGGCCACGGCUGCCGACGUCAGAUGCCGAUCCCACGCCAUAUGGUCGCCGCGGUGCAGGGUGCCGCCCUCCCUGGUCGUCCCCGAGGGCUUCCUCCUGGCCCUGUACGCUGCUCUGUCCGGGAGGCGAUGGGCCGGAGCUGGACCUAGACCGCACAGCGACGGCCGCCACGUGAUUGGCGAGGACGAGACGAUAUCGGCGGAUGCCAUGGCCAGGGACCUCGGUCGAGACGACGUCACAGAGGAUAACGUCCGCCAGGCCAUGUUCCGGUACACACUCUAUCUCAGCUACCUGGGCGACGGGGGCAGGGCGCUCCUGGAUAGAUAUGUGCAUCUGCGGAUGGCCUGCGGGCCGAGCAAGGGCGCCGUGAAGGAGGAGAAGCAGAGCCCGCCGACGCAGGCGUCGCAGAAGAAGACGCCGUUGACGCAGGAGAGGUCGAUCACGAUGGAGACGAAAUUGGGUCGCGACGCCCUCGGGGCAGCAUGA